AUGGUGGGCUUCGUGCAGCGCUUCUUCUGCCUGGCCGGGGACGCUGGCUCCCCGCAGCGGAGUCCACAAUCACUCCGCAACGCCUACGCCGACUCCGCCCGAUCCAAGAUCCUGGCGGCGGUGGAACAGGACCUGACGGAUGCCUUCUCCCGCAUCCCACACCCCGUGGCCCCAGCCAGGGAGCAGUCCCUGGCCUACACCCGCCUGUCUGCCCAGGACCUGUCCCCUUCCUUCCUCUUCCUGGCGCGUGACCUCCUGGGCAAGAUAGGCGCGCUGGCCCGCACCUGCCAGAUCUGCCAACAAGACCAGGUGGAGUUGCUGGAGACGCUGCAGGCCCUGGAGCUCGCCCAUCGCCGCUCGGAGUUUGCCCGCGCCCGCGCCGAGGCGCUCGCCACCGCCAGGGGCGAGGCUCUGAUGCACGCGCAGGCUGCCACGCGCGACGCGGAGGCGCAGCAGCUCCAGCUCUCCGCCCUGCUGCAGACGACGCUGGAGCACCUGGGGUGCGCCCCCAGCCCCACCCCCACGCGCCCUGGAGCGAGGGCCAGCCUGGGGGAGAGCCGGGCCGGGGCGCUCCGGGCUUCUCUGGAGGGCAGCCUGGCCUCGCUGGCCCGCGGCCUGCACCCAGACGGCGCCGAGGCGCCGACGGAGGAGGAGGAGGCGCCCGCGCUGGAUGCCUCCAGGAGCCACUUCAGCGGCUUCACCGUCCACACCAAUGACCUGGCGCCCGGGGCGCCAUCGUCUCGUGGCACCAGAGCGGAACCAUUUUCGCUCGACAACGGCUCGCCCUCACCGCGGGCGCGCGCCCCAGGCGAGAACGCCCCGCCCCAGGCGGAAGCUCCGCGCUCCAGCCAGGGCUGGCGCGGCAUUGCCUCCGCUCUGCGCUCCAGCGUGCAGGGCGGGGCCGGGGGCCACCGCUCCAUCGAUCCCGGGCAGGGUCUGCAGGACACGCCGCUCGCCCCGGCCUGGACCCCGGUGGGGCCGGCCGGCGGCGAGGGGCGGGGGACGCACUCUCAAGCUGCCGCCGCCGCACAGCGCCCGGCGCCGCUGCUGCUCCCGGGCGACGUCCCCGCCCCGGUCGGGGCGGGGAGCCUGCGCGGCAAGGCGACGACCUCUCUGGUCAGGACGGGGGCCAGCCUGGCGUCCCCGGGCUUCGCAAAGGCGGGGGCCAUGCGGGCAUGCGAUGCGCCGGCGCCAGGGCCCCAGGAAGGGGCGCAGGACUCCCACCCGCUGCCGCUGGGCACCUUCCUCAGCCCCACGCUGGAGGGCAUGGCGCGGUGGAAGGGGGCCAGGCCCGGGGUCAACCCGCGGGACCACAUCGCGGCCGUGUUCCGGAACACGGAGGACCUGGACUUCUACCACCCCUUCUCAGCGGGGAUGCAUGGGGAGCCACGGCCUUCCUCCCACAGGCAGUACCGCUCGGUGUCCUCCUCCAAUGCCCAGGCCCUGCCGCAUGCCACCGAGAACGCUCCGGGUGGACGGGAGGAGAAGGAGGCCAGGCCUGGCUUGCAGGGUGGCGGCGUCCCACUCCAAGGCCGCAACAUGUAG